GUAAAGGGCUUGAGCAUAUACAGACCCAUCAUCUACGGCAACACAGCAGUCGUCCUCACACCCGAAGAACGCUCCACCUUUACAGGCUCACAAGCAGAUCAUACGCACAGAUGGACAGUCGCUGUUCGUAGCGCUGCUUCUGUCCCUGGGUCGGAUAUCGUUGGUGGGGCGGAUGAUAUUAGUUAUUUUAUUAAGAGGGUGACGUUUAAGCUGCACGAGACGUAUCCGAAUCCUACUAGAGUAGUGGACAAGCCUCCGUUCGAGGUGACCGAGACAGGAUGGGGUGAAUUCGAGAUCCAAAUCCGCAUCAACUUCGUCCCCGAAGCAGGCGAAAAACAAUACCUCCUCUACCACCACCUCAAACUCCACCCCUGGACAGCAAUCGGCAGCGGAGAGCCCGAGAUCCCUCCCCCAGAAGUUGCAGCAAAGUCCGGACCAGUCCACUCCUGGCAAUACGAUGAAGUCGUCUUCAACGACCCCUUUCAAUCCUUCCUUAACAUCCUCAUAGCGCAUCCUCCUACACCGUUACCGAAAACGAAGACUAGGCCGGUGCCGUUUAAUAUCGCGCACCCUGAGUCGAUUAAGGAUGCGAAAGCGGGUGGGACGCCGGAGUUUACGCAGAUGAUGGUUACGGAGGAACAUGAAAGGUUGGAGAAGGCACGGAAGGAUGUUAUUGCUGAGCAGGAUAAGUGGAGGGCGAUACUUAUUGAGAAGGAGAAUGAGUUGAAGAGGCUGCAGAAGCGACUCGAGAGUGCGUGA